UGCACGGGUCUUUCAAGAAGAUUCAGAUCGAUGAUAUUCUCAUGCUAGUGGCUAUGGUAUGGAACCCACCGUGCCCAAAGCCGAUGGAUUGGGAAUGAGUGCUAAGACGGCAUGUAGGUCUCGGAUACAGUUCUGAUCGCUUGUAUGAAUAUUCUGGCUCGGACGAACACCAACUUGAUUGACCCGAAUAAUUCGCCUAUUCUCACCACCGCCGAGAUCGAUGAACGCACAUAUGGCUCGAAACUGGUGCUGGUUGUGGAGCAGAUGCAAAUCCUUACCGUAUGGUUGAUCAAAGCCUGCCUUUUGAUCAUGUACGCAAGGUUGACAAUGAGUUUAAAACAAAACUUAGCCGUCAAGAUUGUUGCAGGCUAUGUUGCAUUCGGUUUCGUACUGAUGGAAGUUCUCUAUUUGGGGGUUUGGUGCCGACCAUUCAGUCAGUACUGGGCUGUUCCUCCAGAAAGUUCUCAGUGCUCCGCUGCUACGAAUCACCUGAUCACCAAUGCUGUCUUGAAUAUCUCAUCAGAUAUUAUGAUUAUCAGCAUUCCAAUGCCUAUCUUCUUCGCUGCGAAGUUGCCCAUAAAAAAGAAAGCCAUCCUUAUCGGAGUGUUCGCCCUAGGCGUAUUCACUAUUCUGUCCGCCAUUCUCAACAAAUACUACAGUUUCAAUCAGCCAUUUGGCGAUCAAUGGACAUUCUGGUAUAUCCGCGAGUCAUCGACAGCAAUAAUUACAGCCAACUUACCUUUCACGUGGACGUUACUGCAAAGGACUUUUCAUCUCAAAUCCUUCAACGCCAAGUCCUCUGGCGCGCGUACGAGCGAAAACCCGUCCAGGUAUCACCGGUCGGGUUAUGGCAGGGGCACGAACCAUCUCACAACAAUCACCAGAGGCGAACGUGGCAUCGAGCUCGGGUCUUGCAAUAGUCAGACAAACAUCAACGAUGUGUUUGGAACACAGCUCAAGAUCUAUCAACAGACUGAGGUGCAUGUCAGCAGUCAGGAGGCUGAGCCGGAAAAGGAGUCGUCUAUUUCCGAAACACCCAGUACGGUGGGAGGAAAGAAUCUAAAAGUACACUAUCCGGGCGGUGCUGACGACGUGGAGACGUCGUCAAGCGGAUCGGAACAUGGUGUAGUAACUGUCUGUACAAAGGUGUAGGGUAGAAAUGUACACCAAAUAAAUAUUAAUGCUUAGAUAGAGAUAUACCCACAGCGAUGUCCGUUCGCAUUUAAUUGAAUAUCAUAGAACACAAAAAUAAAACACG